AUGCUGCUGAUCACCAAGGCUCUUGGCUGCCAGAUCUUCUUCUUCGACAUGUGGGGUUAUUUUAGGAACCCGCACAUUGAGAUUGAAUAUUCCGAAUCCAGCUCUGCGUUGCGCAGCAUCGUAGAAUCCUCCGAGUUCGAUGUGCCUUCUGAAACGGAUCCAUCUAUUGUUGUAACCCAACAGACGCUCUGCCGUAAUGAUGAGUUCAUCUGA